ACAACGUUUUCAUGGUAGAGUUUGAGUUUGACGUCCACAAGCUGAAGGUCGUCGUGUCGGGCUCGAACCACAUGAUGAUCUGGCCACUAGCUCACUACGCAUGGCACCCGCUGCUAUGGUGGGCCAAUUGAGUUCUUUUUAGGUUAUUGCUAGACCGGAUAUCCGUUUCCGUGUCUACGUCCAACAAAAACAGAUUUAUUAUAUUCGUAUUUGCAUAAAAAAAGAUACGAAUUUUAAAAAAAAACUCAUGUAUGUUUCCGUAUCCGUUUUGGGCUACCCUAAGCCCAAUAAAAUAAAAGGAAAAGCCUAAGCGCAGCCCAAUAGGAAUUCAGCGCCGCAUCAGGUGAUUCAUUGCAGCGCCGAUCAUCUGAAUUCUCUCCGCUCUCGCCACCUCCCUCUCAUCGGCGGCCGCCUCUUCUUCCCGCUCCGCUGGUCAUGGAAACUCCUGGACCGGAGCCGAAGGCGGCGACGACGGUGGAGGUUUCCGAUGAGGAGGAAGUGAAGGCGAUCGCUGCAGAUGCGGGAUCCGUCACCGGGGAGGGGAAGCGUCUCGACGCGGCGGCGGCGGCGACGGCCUCCACUGCAGGUGGAGACGGCGGCGAGGAGGAGAAGCCUCCUGUCAUGGUGCAGAUGCCUCUGAACACCAUCGCCGCCAUCCUCUCACUGAAGAGGGAGCCGAGGCCGAUGCCCGAGGACCUGGCGCGUCUCUCGCCGGAAGAGCGCGACGAGCGCCUGGCGUUCUUCGAUUCAUGGGAGGAGGUCAACGACGAGUUCGAGGAGUUCCAGAAGGAGAUCCUCCGCGAGGUGAAGGAGACUGGCCGCUACAUGGUCCACCAGAGCUACUUCACGGAGCAGGCGGAGAUGCAGGCUCGUAUGGAGAAAGAAUGGGCCGAGAUCGACUGGACCGGCGUCAAAUUCGGCGACUGGGACUACGACGACCCCACUUGCUGUCAACCACUGUGAUUUCAGGCUCGCCCGCUAACUGAGAUGCUGCAGAGGACUACUUCUUUACUGUAUCUUACCCAAAUGGUCUCAAGCCAGCUUAGCUUUUGAGUACUGCCUCACCCUUAGCUACUAAAUUACUAGCUCUCUGUCGGGUAGUAGUAUCAGUUAUCUAUGGUGUUUGCUAGGUAGUAAUGUCUUGUGUGAUUUGACCGACCCUUAUAAGGAAGACCAUGUGGCUUAUGCUAUGAAUGAAUUACUUUAAUAGUAGUAAGUCUGUUAUUAUUAAGUUUCUGCUGGUAUUAGGCUCGAUAAUAUUC